AUGGCAUCAGCUUCGUCUUAUCCACGAAUGGCUGCGAAGCCUGUCGGCAAGCAGAUCCACAACCUCUAUACCGAUAGACUGAGGCAAUUCACAGACAAUGGCCAGUACAGAAACCAAGGCUUGCUACCUAAAAUCGAGCCCAAACGUGCAUCGGGCCAUCCUCACAUCAAGCUCGAGGUCUAUUCUCCUCCUGACCUCUCUCGUCCCACAUUCAAAGAUGCAACCUCGCACGACUUCCGUCCUGCUCAUGUUGGCGAGUCUUUUGGCCCCAGUUGGUCGACUCACUGGUUCCGCGUCCGUCUUACCGUUCCAUCCUCUCUAGCCGAUGAGGAGCACCUGGAACUUCACUGGGACGCAAACAAUGAGGGCCUCAUCUGGAACGAGAAGGGAGAACCAUUACAAGGUCUUACCGGAGGAGGCGAGCGUGUCGAGUGGAUCCUCCCCAAGUCGUUCCGUGACGGCAAGGAACAUGUCUUCUACAUCGAGAUGGCUUGCAACGGCAUGUUCGGAAACGCGCCUGGCGGAGACAGCAUCCAACCACCUCGUCCGGACAGGUACUUCCAGUUGCAGAAAGCCGAUAUUGUAGCUAUCAACCUUGAAGCAAGAGCUCUGUUUAUCGACUUCUGGAUCAUUGGAGAUGCCGCUAGGGAGUUCCCACAAGAUUCCUGGGAGGAGCACGAAGCUCUUCAAGUCUGCAAUGCUAUCAUGGAUACUUUCAUCGCUGCCAAUGGAAGCAAUGAGUCGAUCACAGAAUGCAGAAAGAUUGCAAAGAAGUACAUUGGUGAUGUCGAUUCCUCCAAACUCUACGACUCAGACGAGCCUGCUUUGAUUACUGCUAUCGGCAACUGUCAUAUCGAUACUUGCUGGCUUUGGCCUUGGGCAGAGACGAAGCGCAAGGUCGCCCGCUCAUGGUCUAACCAAUGUAACCUGUUGGAACGAUACCCAGAGCAUCGUUUCGUCGCUUCACAAGCCCAGCAAUUCAAGUGGUUAGAGCAGUUGUACCCCUCUGUCUUCGAUCGUGUCAAGAGCAAGGUCAAAGAAGGUACAUUCCAGCCGAUUGGUGGAUCUUGGGUCGAGCAUGAUACAAACAUGCCCAGUGGAGAGUCAUUGGUCCGCCAGUUCAUCUAUGGUCAACGCUAUUUCGAGAGCCGAUUCGGGUCAAGAUGCACUACCUUCUGGCUACCCGAUACUUUUGGUUACUCAACCCAACUACCUCAGAUCUGCCGUCUUGCUGGUAUGACGAGAUUCUUCACUCAGAAACUCAGCUGGAACAACAUUAACAAUUUCCCGCACACUACCUUCAACUGGGUCGCGCUUGACGGAAGUCAGGUUGUCUGCCACAUGACACCUGCUGAAACAUACACUGCCGAAGCCAACUUCGGUGAUGUGAGACGCAGUAUCACCCAACACAAAUCCAUGGAUCAGGAUCCAACUUCGCUCCUUGCAUUCGGAAAGGGAGAUGGUGGUGGUGGUCCUACCUGGCAGCAUAUCGAGAAGCUUCGAAGAUGCCGUGGCAUGAGCGACAAGGUCGGUCUCUUGCCUCGUGUCAAAAUGGGCGACUCGGUCGAUGAUUUCUUUGCUCGCCUUGAGAAGAGAGUCGAAGAAGGACUUGACCUUGUGACUUGGUAUGGUGAACUCUACUUCGAACUCCACCGAGGCACGUACACGACCCAGGCCAACAACAAGCGUAACAACCGCAAGGCCGAGAUCAUGCUUCAUGACAUUGAAUACCUCGCAACUUUGGCCAGUAUACAGGACGUCGUCGCGAACAAUGGCAAGAAGUAUAAAUACCCCAAAGAAGACAUCGACGACAUGUGGGAGAAUGUUCUGCUAUGUCAGUUCCACGACUGCUUGCCUGGAAGCUGCAUUGAAAUGUGUUACGAUGACUCUGACGAGCUUUACGCGAAGGUUUUCAAGACUGGCAAGAAGCUCUUGACCGAAGCUCUUCAUGCUCUCGGGUUCGACGAUAAAUUGUGCCACGAUAACGAACUUGUCGCACUAAACACCCUCGGAUGGAAUCGUAACGAAGUAAGCGCUCUGCCGUCUCCCGACCAGACGAGUAGUUAUGGUCUGCUCCAAGGUGGAACUGGUAUCAAUUCCGUAACGGACAUGAGUCAAAUGUCUGCUUCUGUGGAGAUUAAAGACAAGGGAGACGACGUUUUCCAUUUGACGAACAGUCAAUAUUUUGUUGAGAUCUCCCGCGGUGUCAUCACCAUGCUUUAUGAUAAACAAGCACGCCGAGAGGUAGUUCCCAAGGGCCAGAAGGCGAACCAACUGGUCAUCUUUGAUGACAAGCCUCUUUACUGGCAGGCAUGGGACGUUGAGGUCUUCCAUCUCAACUCGAGGAAGGAGCUUCACGCAACAAGCUCUUCAGUCAUUAGCGAGAAUACUCCUCAUCGUGUUGCAGUCACGACAACGACAAAGAUCUCUGAGAAGUCGUCUAUCACAAUGACCAUUUCGCUCUCUUCUACGCCCGUAGGAGGUCAUUCGUACAUCGAGACAGAAGCAGAAGUCGAUUGGCACGAGGACAUGAAGUUCUUGAAGGUCGAAUUCCCAACCACAAUCACUAACACCGAGGCUUCUUACGAGACUCAAUAUGGUAUUGUUCGACGUCCCACACAUUACAACACUACAUGGGACAUGGCCAAAUUCGAAGUAUGCUGCCACAAAUGGGCUGAUCUCUCGGAGAAUGGUUACGGUGUCAGUAUCCUCAACGACUCGAAAUACGGAUUCGCAACCUGCGGCAGCUUGAUGCGUCUUUCUCUACUACGUGCACCCAAGGCUCCUGAUGCUCAUGCCGACAUGGGUAAGCACAAGAUUCGUUGGGCAAUCCUCCCUCACAAGGGUCCUCUCGAUCACCGCACUGUUCGUGCAGGAUUCGAGUUCAACAACCCCAUGGCAGUGCACUCACACCCCAACGUGUCAGACGUCAAGGGCUUAAUGAGCUCGUUCAAGUUGUCCAAGGAUAGCGAUGAAGGCUUGGUCCUCGAUACCAUCAAGCGUGGCGAGGAUGACGAGGAUGUCAGCCGUGGUGAUCUUCCCAAGCGCAAGGGCAGGAAUGUCAUUGUUCGCGUGUACGACAGUCUGGGAGGAAGGUGCCGUGGUUCAAUUGAGGUUGGCAAGGUGCCCAUUGCCAAAGUCUGGAAGUGCAAUGUCCUGGAGGAUGACAUUGAAGAAGUGCAUCUUUCCAAGGGUGCCUUUGACAUUGAGCUGAGGGCUUUCGAGGUGGCUACAUACAGGCUCUUGUUGCAAUGA